CAUUGCCCACGGAGGCUGGAAUUGUCCACACCAGAAGAAGCGACCACCAACCCGAGCCUGGAAAACCUGCACCAGUUGCAGGAACGGGCUGCGCUGGGUGGUGGGCAACGUCGCAUCGACCAGCAACACCAGCGCGGCAAGAUGACCGCCCUGGAGCGCCUGACGGCGUUGAUGGACGAUGGCACGUUCACUGAGAUUGAUCGUUUCGUCACCCAUCGGACGACCGAUUUCGGCCUGGCAGACCGGACCUUCCUGGGCGAUGCGGUGGUCACCGGCUACGGGAAUAUCGACGGACGGCAGGUAUUCGCCUACGCCCAGGACUUCACCGUGUUCGGCGGAUCGCUCUCGGAGGUGGUGGGACAAAAGAUCUGCAAGGUGAUGGACCUAGCCGCGAAAACGGGAUGCCCAAUGAUCGGCAUUUGCGACUCGGGCGGUGCCCGGAUACAGGAAGGGGCGUUGAGCCUGGCCGCCUACGGUGACAUUUUCCUGCGCAACACCAUGUACUCGGGGGUCGUUCCGCAGAUUUCGGUCAUCAUGGGGCCGUCAGCGGGAGGCGCGGUGUACUCACCGGCGAUCACCGACUUCAUCUUCAUGGUGCGUGGGACCGGCCAGAUGUAUAUCACGGGGCCGGACGUGGUGCGGGCGGUGACCGGCGAGGACGUCACCCACGAACAACUGGGAGGGGCGGACGCGCACGCGGCCCGCAGCGGCGUGGCGCACUUCGUUCACGAUUCCGAGGAAGAAUGCCUCGAGGAACUGCGCCGGCUGAUUUCAUUUCUGCCGCUGAACAACCUCGACGAUCCCCCGGGGUACCGCUCCGCCGACCCAAUUGACCGCGCUGACGAAGUCUUGCGCGCGAUAGUACCGGCGGAACCCAACCGGCCCUACGACAUUCGGGAGGUCAUCUACCACAUUGUUGACGACGAGGACUUCAUGGAAGUCCAGUCCGGGUACGCGCCAAACGUCGUGGUGGGCUUCGCAAGGAUGGCCGGGCGCACGGUGGGAUUGGUCGGCAAUCAGCCGGCGUACCUAGCCGGCGUACUCGACAUCAACGCGUCGGCCAAGGCGGCGCGGUUCGUUAGGUUUUGCGACUGCUUCAACGUCCCGCUGGUAACGCUGGUGGACGUGCCCGGUUUUAUGCCCGGGACGGAGCAGGAAUACGGCGGCAUCAUUCGACACGGGGCCAAGCUCAUCUACGCCUACGCCGAAGCCACCGUGCCCAAGGUUGCGCUGAUCACGCGAAAGGCCUAUGGCGGCGCCUAUAUCGUGAUGAGCAGCAAGCACCUGCGCUCGGACGUGAACCUCGCGUGGCCCAACGCCGAGAUCGCCGUGAUGGGUCCGGACGGCGCGGUGAAUAUCAUCUACCGGGAAGAGAUCAACAACGCGGAAGACCCGGACGCGCGCCGAGCCGAGCUGAUCGCCGACUACCAGGAACGGUUCACGAACCCGUAUGUCGCCGCCAAUCGGGGUUACCUGGACGACGUGAUUGAUCCGGCAGCGACGCGGGCCACCGUCAUUCGCGCGCUGGAAAUGUUGCAGAACAAGCGAGACACGUUGCCGCCUAAGAAACACGGGAACAUCCCGCUAUAA